AUGGUCAAAAAUAGCUUUGAUCCAUCCUUGUAUUUUGGUCAUACAAUAAUUAUAAAAACCUGUGAUGGUCAUACAUUUGAGGGAGAAUUAUAUUGCUAUGAUCCUUGUUCAGAUUUCAUUAUUAUAAAAGAAGAUAAUAAAAAUGGCACAGCAAAUUUUUAUAUAAUUAGGACAAAUAUAAUUGUAGAUAUUGAAUCAAAAAGAAGAUUAAAAAAUUCAUAUACCACUUUACCCACAAUUGAUAAAAGUGUUGUUGAAAAAAUUGAAAGAAAGGCUUUAGACAACUUUGAAAAAAACAAGUCUCGCAUUGGUAUUGGGGUAACACAGGAAGCUCAAGAGUUAUUCGAUUUUAUAUGGAAAACGCACCCAGAUUGCGUUUGGAAUAAUAAAGAUAUAUUAGUUUUAAAUGGGGAGGUUAGGAUCAAACCUCCAUAUAGUCCAGAUAACUGUAUAGCAAAAAAUGAAAAAUUAAAAGAAAGAUUUGCGAUAGUGAUAUCCAAGUUCCGCCAAAAAAAAAAUAUGUCCAUUAAGGUAUAA